CAUCAAGCAGCUGGUGAUGAAGCGUUCCGAGGCUCCAAUUAUUGGAAGAAGGAAUUCUGGAGGAAGGAAGGUGGCGCCGAAGAUCGAACUACACUUCAUCGAGAAGCCGGAGAGAGAGCGAAAGUAUCCGAGUCCAACCAAUGCUCAGGUGAAGGAGCAGGAAUGUUCCAAAUCUAAUAAUGUGGUGAACAGGGGCGAUUUCGGCAUUGGAGAACUAGCUGAGGAAUUUGCAACACUGGCCGCCUGGACUCCUCCGCCAACUCCAGCUUCUCCACUAAGUUCAUCAAAUAGCAGUAAUGGUCAUUUGCCUACUAGAGCUUCGGUAGUGGAGUCCAUUACGAAGGCUUUGUGCCGUAACAACGCUCCUCCUCCGGCUCAGUUCGUAGAACCGACCGUCAACACCUCGAAUAAUGUGGAAAGACCUCAGCAGAACAUUUUGGCGCAAGUUUUGCCAUCGAAUGGUGCAAACACCAACGUCCAUGCACCAUUGACGUCUACCGUCACCACCACCACCACCAGCAGUGCGGCCAACAGCAACCACCUUCUGUCGCCAUCGACCACGAGACGUCGUCGCCCUAUGUGUCGUUUCUGCUACGAGCGCUACGUUCAUAUGUGUUUGGAUUCGCAUCAGACAAUUCCGUCAGCGUACGAUCGCGGAAUGUGGCAUGGACAUAGCAUGAAAGAGCGCGGGCUUGUUACGUGUCCGCAUCUUUGGGCCACCGUUUGUCCCCACUGUGGAGCAAGCAAGCAGUUUGCCCAUACCGAAGACUACUGUCCACUAGUGCGCAGAAAUUUUCUGUAUCCACAGACUAGCAAUCGUGAUUUCCAACGCACCGAUCCAACACCAAAUUUCUGA